GGAGCUUGGUAUGAUGAUUAGAAUAUAACCAGAGGGACACGUUGAAUUCGCCAUAAUCAAGGAAACCUUUUCCGGGUGGGGAUCUCUGAAAUUACUCAGUGAGCAACCCUAAUUAAACCUGAUUUUUUGCUGAUAAUCACUGUCAAUGGAAUCAAAUCACAAAUCCGGGGAUGGAUUGAGCGGCACCCAGAAGGAAGCAGCCCUCCGCGCACUGGUCCAGCGCACAGGAUAUAGCUUGGUCCAGGAAAAUGGACAAAGAAAGUAUGGUGGCCCCCCACCUGGUUGGGAUGCUGCACCCCCAGAAAGAGGCUGUGAAAUCUUCAUUGGGAAACUUCCCCGGGACCUUUUUGAGGAUGAACUUAUACCAUUAUGUGAAAAAAUUGGUAAAAUUUAUGAAAUGAGAAUGAUGAUGGAUUUUAAUGGUAACAACAGAGGAUAUGCAUUUGUGACAUUCUCAAAUAAAUCAGAAGCCAAGAAUGCAAUCAAGCAACUCAAUAAUUACGAAAUUAGGAACGGGCGUCUCUUAGGGGUCUGUGCCAGUGUGGACAACUGUCGAUUGUUUGUUGGAGGAAUUCCAAAAACCAAAAAGAGAGAUGAAAUCUUAUCAGAGAUGAAGAAAGUCACUGAAGGAGUUGUUGAUGUCAUUGUUUACCCAAGUGCUGCGGAUAAAACCAAGAACCGGGGAUUUGCCUUUGUGGAGUACGAGAGUCACCGGGCAGCAGCUAUGGCCAGGAGGAAACUACUGCCAGGAAGGAUUCAAUUAUGGGGACAUCCGAUCGCAGUAGACUGGGCAGAGCCAGAAGUGGAAGUUGAUGAAGACACAAUGUCUUCAGUGAAAAUCCUGUAUGUAAGAAACCUUAUGCUAUCUACCUCAGAAGAGACCAUCGAAAAGGAAUUCAACAAUAUCAAACCAGGAGCUGUGGAAAGGGUGAAGAAAAUCCGAGACUAUGCCUUUGUGCAUUUUAGUAACCGAGAAGAUGCAGUUGAGGCUAUGAAAGCUUUAAAUGGGAAGGUACUGGAUGGUUCUCCUAUUGAAGUGACCCUAGCCAAACCAGUGGACAAAGACAGCUACGUUAGGUACACCCGAGGCACAGGUGGAAGGGGCACCAUGCUGCAAGGAGAGUAUGCCUACUCUUUGGGCCAUAUUUAUGAUCCCACCACAGCUUACCUUGGAGCUCCUGUCUUCUAUGCCCCCCAGGCCUAUGCAGCGAUUCCCAGUCUUCAUUUCCCAGCUACCAAGGGACACUUCAGCAACAGGGCCAUUAUCCGAGCCCCUUCUGUGAGAGAAAUUUACAUGAAUGUACCUGUAGGGGCUGCGGGAGUGAGAGGCCUGGGCGGCCGUGGCUAUUUGGCAUACACAGGCUUGGGUCGAGGAUACCAGGUCAAAGGAGACAAGAGAGAAGACAAACUCUAUGACAUUUUACCUGGGAUGGAGCUCACUCCAAUGAAUCCAGUCACCUUAAAACCUCAGGGAAUUAAACUUGCACCCCAGAUAUUAGAGGAAAUCUGUCAGAAAAAUAACUGGGGACAGCCUGUAUAUCAGCUUCAUUCUGCCAUCGGACAAGACCAAAGGCAGCUCUUCCUGUACAAAAUCACGAUCCCAGCCCUGGCCAGCCAGAACCCGGCAAUCCACCCUUUCACUCCACCAAAGCUAAGUGCUUUCGUGGAUGAAGCAAAGAAUUAUGCGGCUGAAUACACACUGCAGACCCUGGGCAUCCCCACCGACGGAGGCGACGUGGGGACCACUACUGCCACUGCCGCCACCUCUGCUGCUGUCUUCCCAGGUUAUGCCAUCCCUAAUGCCAGUGCUCCCGUGUCUGCAACCCAGCUCAAGCAAGCAGUAACGCUUGGACAAGACUUGGCAGCAUAUGCAGCCUAUGAGGUCUAUCCUACUUUUGCAGUGACUGCCCGAGGAGAUGGAUACGGUGCCUUCUGAAGACAUCUUCCUUUUAAAUUAAGAAUAAGUCCUAUACAGCUCUACAGAGAAGAAGUAAACCUCUAACUCAGUCUGCUGGUUCUAAGUCAUACCUUCCGUAAAGCAUGCUGUCCUGAGACGGUAUACCAUAGACACUGUAGCACUGUGAAAUGACAAUGAUAUCCCUAACUGAAAUUCAUGUCAAGGACCCUUUCUUUUACCAGAAAGCUGAAGAGUCCGUGCCCCUAUAAGUUAUUCUUCCAAGGAUCCUGGAUGGCCAGGGAGUGUAUUUACACAUCCCAGUAAUGCAGAGGGCCCUCUUAGCUGGCUACAGAACUGGGGCUGAGCAGACCUGUGUGGUCAGAACCACAGACUAGCCCACUAAGCUCCAAAAAUCUCAACUCCUGGCUCACAAUACACAGUUGUAAAGAAGCAAAUGGAAAAUAGUAGGUUUCUUUUCAAACUUGUGCACAUUACCCACAGACUUGGGUCAUAAACGAUUCUCCAAGGUUUUGUGGACUGAACUCAGCAACACAGCAGUCUGCAAAUUCCAUCCAGUGCCACAGGUCAGGUCUUUCCCAUUCCCUGCAGCGACUGGGGGUUUCCAUCAAAUUAGUAGGACAGGCUGUAGAUACAGAUAAAACAAA